UAUCAUUAGUUACUGGAAGGUUCCAUGAGUCGCCGUAUAAAACGUUGCUCGGCCGCUCCCGCUUCAUAUCAGUUCGUUUGGUGGAAGAGAUCGCACUGUCGUGAGAGACGUUCUACAUUGCCUUAAAGUUCAUUAGCGAUAUCUGGUAUGGCGAAAUCGCAAGCUAUAGGAAUUGAUCUGGGAACUACCUACUCCUGUGUAGGUGUUUUUCAACAUGGUAAAGUCGAAAUCAUUGCCAACGAUCAGGGUAAUCGCACUACACCAAGCUAUGUUGCUUUCACUGAUACAGAACGUCUUAUUGGCGAUGCUGCCAAAAAUCAAGUUGCUAUGAAUCCCGAAAACUCCAUAUUUGAUGCUAAGAGAUUAAUAGGUAGAAGAUUUACUGACGAGGUCGUGGUGGCGGAUGCAGCUCUCUGGCCUUUCAAAGUUAUCAAUGAUAAUGGCAAGCCUAAAGUAAGAGUUAACUUUAAGGGAGAAGCAAAGACGUUUUCUCCAGAAGAAAUUUCCUCCAUGGUUCUUACCAAAAUGAAAGAAACUGCUGAGGCAUAUUUAGGAAAGACUGUAACCAAUGCUGUAGUUACUGUUCCUGCAUACUUCAAUGACUCUCAGAGACAGGCCACUAAAGAUGCUGGUACCAUUGCUGGUCUGAAUGUUUUGCGUAUAAUUAAUGAACCUACAGCAGCUGCUAUUGCUUAUGGUCUUGAUAAAAAGGUUGGUGGUGAAAGAAAUGUGUUGAUUUUUGAUCUUGGUGGUGGCACAUUUGAUGUCUCAAUUUUGGCGAUUGAAGAUGGCAUCUUUGAAGUGAAGUCUACAGCUGGUGACACUCACCUUGGUGGUGAGGAUUUUGAUAACAAAAUGGUGACACAUUUUGUCCAAGAAUUCAGCAGGAAGCACAAGAAAGAUUUGACAACCAAUAAACGUGCUGUUAGGCGUUUAAGGACAGCAUGCGAACGUGCCAAGAGGACAUUGUCAUCAAGUACUCAAGCUAGCAUUGAAAUUGAUUCUCUAUAUGAAGGCAUCGACUUUUACACUACCAUAACCCGUGCCAGAUUUGAAGAAUUGAAUGCUAUCCUUUUCAAGAAGACUUUAGAACCAGUGGAGAAAUCUUUAAGGGAUGCAAAGAUGGGCAAAACUGAUAUCAAUGAUAUUGUUUUAGUUGGGGGAUCCACGAGAAUCCCAAGAAUCCAGAAACUUUUACAAGGUUUCUUUAAUGGAAAGGAAUUGAACAAAAGUAUUAAUCCAGAUGAGGCUGUUGCAUAUGGUGCAGCUGUCCAAGCUGCUAUCUUGUCUGGCGAUAAAGAUAAAGAAGUUCAAGACCUUUUGUUGCUUGAUGUUGCCCCACUCUCCAUGGGUAUUGAAACUGCAGGUGGUGUAAUGACUUCCUUAAUUAAAAGAAACACAACCAUUCCAACCAAACAGACUCAAACAUUCACCACAUAUUCUGAUAACCAACCAGGUGUGCUUAUUCAGGUGUAUGAAGGAGAACGUACAAUGACUAAAGAUAACAAUCUCCUUGGAAAAUUUGAAUUAACCGGGAUUCCACCAGCUCCGAGAGGUGUGCCACAGAUUGAAGUCACUUUUGAUAUUGAUGCUAAUGGUAUUUUGAAUGUAUCGGCCACUGAUAAGAGUACAGGCAAAGAAAAUAAAAUUACUAUUACUAAUGACAAAGGCCGUCUUAGCAAAGAGGAAAUUGAAAAAAUGGUCAGUGAUGCUGAGAAGUACCGGCAGGAUGAUGAGAAGCAAAAAGAUCGCAUUGCUGCUAAGAAUGGUUUGGAGAGUUACGCUUUCAACAUGAAAUCAACUGUUGAAGAUGAUAAAGUAAAGGACAAGAUAUCUGAAGAAGAUAAAAAGUCAAUAAUUGACAAAUGCCAGGAAGUUAUUACUUGGCUUGAUCAGAAUCAAUUGGCUGAAAAGGAUGAAUUUGAGGCUAAGCAAAAGGAAAUUGAAAAAGUGUGUAAUCCAAUUAUUACCAAACUCUAUUCUGGUGCUGGUGGUAUGCCUGGAGGUAUGCCUGGUGGUAUGCCAGGUGGAAUGCCAAACUUUGGUGGCUCAGCCGGUGAAUCGACAGGACAAAGUAGUGGACCAACAAUUGAAGAAGUUGACUAAAUCACUUGACUUGUACCUACCUCCUAAUCAUUUGAUUUUUUUUUUUUUUUUUAACUCAUCUCAACUCAGUUUAUUUUCUGUGUAUAUAUAUAUAUCUAUUCUUUACUGUAUUGUAAAUACAUGUUACAGGACUUUUAUAAUAAGUCUUAGUUAACGCAAAUGUUGACAUGUUAUUACAACAACCCAUUUCAAUACAAUUAAUAAAACUUAGUAAUUUAAAUGA